CUGUACUGGUGAGAACAGAAAGCGAGUGCUGGAAUUCACUGAGGAAAUGAUAAGUGGCGGCAGCCUAUGGUUUCACCAGUCCUUGCUGUGACACGUGUCUGUGAUGGCAGCUUCUCUGCUGCUUAAACUCUGUAUCGGAAUAACAGUCCUGCUCAUUGUCUGUAUUCCAGAAUGGUUCAAGACUGAGGAAGGUAUCUCCGUGGACCUAUCUUGUAUUGAUCCCUGUAUGGUGGAAAUCUCCUAUACCUCUAGUGUGACCGGCACACCAAUAAUAUGUCUUUUGCAAGGCAAUGAAAGCAAAGACGUUAUAGAGAAUGCCACAGCACAAAAUGCUAUAUUAUCUUCCAUCACACUGGACUAUUAUAUGAAUAAUGCUGCUGCUUUCAUCUGUGAUCCACAAAGGAACACACAUCCAUUGUCUGAAGAAAUGAACGCACAAGGAAAGCCAAUAAAUAUCUCACUGAUCAUAAGAGGAAGAUAUUUUUAUUAUUCAGAAGUGAAGUCUAACUUUGACAUGGUGGAAUCUCAAGAAGAUGAGGAUCUCUCUGUUCCUUCCUCACUUGAGAUCUACAUUAGUAAUCAAACAGAACAUAACGGAACCAUGGAUCAAUUGUAUUAUCAAGACUCGAGGGUUCAUCAUGACUUCAUCAAUGUGUCCUUACACUUUAAUAAUCAAAUUCUAUUUUACAGAAGACCUUUCGGUAUCGUCUGGCUGAUUCUGAUCUCCCUUGUCUUUGCAUGUGGUCUUAUUUUCAUUGUUUACAAAAUAAAGGAAGAGAAAAAUACUCGAUUACGAGACUAUAACCAUGAAAGAUCAAGUAUGCUAGGACUGAAAGAACACAUCAACAAACCAUCAAAAACAGAUUCCUAUGACAAGAACGACCAAACAUGUAAGCAUGAGAAAUGGAAGAAUCAGAACUGUGAGUCAACCUCCUUCCUUCCUAUAAUAGCCGAACAGCACGAUUCAGUUUGCAAGUAAUUCUCCUGAUGUGCUACCUCAACCUAGCUGCUAACAUUGGAAGGACAUGUAUAAGGUGGAAAUACAAUCUGCAGUGGUGAUAACUGGUUAGACAAUAUUCUCAUGGUGCAACCUUAAAAGGAUUUUAAACCAAUGAUUGAUAGAGCAGAAAACCCCCCUGAAAUCUUCAUUCAUUCGUCAGUCUGCACGGACUCUUGCAAGCCACUACAUCAAAUAUACUUGUGGAAAGUGGAUACUUAAUGUUUGACAGAAGAGAUGAUUAGCUGUGCUUGGUCUCCAUUGCAGGCAGAGCUGUUAGGAGCCAGGUAUUACCCAGUAUAUGCCACCAAUGUCAGAUAGGUGCAGGUCCCACCUAGCCUAACGAUAUGCCACCAAUGUGUGAGGUGGUUAAUGAUGGCAGAACGAAUGGUGGACACAGUUGUAACUUGAACCGCAGCCUUUAUUGAAUUCAUGUGGGGAACAAGCUUGUUGGUUACAGUGUUUUUACAAGAGGUGACUAACUUAAUGGUUAUAGUCAACAUGGAAGCAACAAGCUUAAUGGUUUCAACAGGACAAGCAUGGUAAACCCACUGCAUCAGACUUCCUUGGGUGAUGCCAACACUGUCCUGGAAUCUCCCUCUCAGUGAGGGCCCAUUCAGACGGCUGUAGUGUGCUGUCUGCAUCUUAUGCGCCCCCAUUGAAAUGAAUGGGUCUGCACCCGUUCUGAAAAUAUGCAGAACAGAUGGGGACUCAUUCAUACGGCCGUCUGAAUGAGCCCUGACAGUAAUGGAGAUGGUGUUGCUGUUUAUUACAAACAGCGUCUUCUCUCCAUAUGGCACGCUAAUCCACACACUCUGCACAGGCGGUUGAACAGGUGACGUAUCACAAACCUCUACACAUAGACGGUCUUCACUAUCAUAGUCUAGUAUGCAACUCUCUAUCAAAGCAGAAGCUUUAAUUUGAUUAGUUUACAAUCUUAUAAUAGAAACAUGAACAUCUGCCCAGACAGCCUGCUUCUCUCCAUGAAGCUCACACUACACAGUUCUAUACAUAUAAGUUUCUUACUGUGACAAGCUAUAGCAGAAGCACCUGCAGACUGUAAAGAGAGAAUGCUGGGAAAUUACCCAGAUGCUGGUAUAGAGAGGACCACCCACACACUGCAUACUAGUUAGCUAGCAAGUAGAGGUGAUUAAGGCUGAAUUGGCAUACUAACUAAGGGCAUAGUUACAGGAGAGAAACAAUAACACCCACAGCAGAAGAACGUUGAGCAGGAGUAGCCAACUUGCCCAUUCUGGCUUUCACACCCAUGCCAACAAUACACAGGGUAGUAUCUUCAUAUUUGCAGUGUAUUUCCCAUCAAUUGCAGUGCAGUUUAUCACAUGCAUAUCUGCAGCACUCAUCGACAUGCUAUCUGUGGGGGUAUAUGGCUCACACGGGCAUUAUCUCCAUUUCACAGACUACCUGUAAUGUAACCACAGUAUACAGCUUAUAAAUGGCAGUAGUUCUCAGUUCAAUCCACAGAGGUGCAUACAUUGCCCAGUACCUCCUUUGUGUCCCAUUUCGCAUAAGGCACAUCAUUAGCACAGGUAUAAUACAUGACACACUUAAAGAGGACGUUUCAUGGGUCAAAACAUUGUAAGAUAAC